CCGCGCCGGGGCCGGGGGGCAGCGCCGGGGCCGCCGCCGAGCGGGGUGAAUCAGACAAAGUGACUCCCGGAGAAUCCUGGCUGUAUGAACUCUUGAGCUGUCAAGGGACUGAGAGGCUUAUGAAGAGGUUCUGUCAGGCAAAACAGUGCUUAGCAAAGACACCAAGGAGGAGGGAAAAGGAGAAAGGGAGGGAGAGAGAGCUGAAACACUAACAAACCAUGAGAUCGAUCCGAUCGUUUGCUAACGAUGACCGCCACGUAAUGGUGAAACACUCGACCAUUUAUCCAUCUCCAGAGGAACUUGAAGCUGUCCAGAACAUGGUAUCCACAGUAGAAUGUGCCCUUAAGCAUGUCUCUGACUGGAUGGAUGAGAAGAACAAGUCUGCCAAGUGUGAGGGUGAUGUGGAAGCCAAGGAGGAAGCCGUGGAAGGCACUGCCAAGGAUCAAGGUGGUCGGACGCUCUGUGGUGUGAUGAGAAUUGGCUUGGUUGCAAAGGGCUUGCUGAUAAAGGACGAUAUGGAUCUGGAGCUGGUUCUUAUGUGCAAAGAAAAACCCACAAAGACCUUGUUAUGUAUCGUUAAAGACAAUCUCCCAGCUCAAAUUCAGAAACUUACAGAAGAGAAGUAUCUGGUGGAGGAGCAUGUAAAUGAGGCAGCUAUUGUUAUCCGUAACACAAAGGAGCCCAAGCUCACGUUGAAGGUGAUACUCACGUCCCCUCUCAUCCGAGAUGAAGCAGAGAAGAAGGAAGGAGUAGACAAUGUUGCGAUGAAAGAUCCUCCGGACUUAUUGGACAGGCAGAAAUGCCUGGAGGCCUUGGCGUCUCUGCGGCACGCCAAAUGGUUUCAGGCCAGGGCAAAUGGACUAAAAUCAUGUGUAAUUGUCCUUCGUAUUCUGCGGGAUUUGUGCAACAGAGUCCCCACAUGGGCACCACUGAAAGGCUGGCCACUCGAGCUUAUAUGUGAAAAAUCUAUAGGUACUUGUAAUAGACCUUUGGGCGCUGGGGAAGCGUUGCGGCGAGUCAUGGAGUGUUUGGCAUCUGGAAUUCUGCUUCCCGGAGGGCCGGGGCUGCACGACCCCUGCGAGCGCGAGCCCACGGACGCUCUGUCGUACCUGAGCGUGCAGCAAAAAGAAGCCAUUACACACAGUGCCCAGCAUGCACUCAGACUAUCAGCCUUUGGGCAGAUCUAUAAGGUGUUGGAAAUGGAUCCCCUCCCAUCCAAUAAGUCAUUUCAGAAAUAUUCCUGGUCAGUAACUGACAAAGAAGGUACAGGCUCGUCUGCUCUGAAGAGACCCUUUGAAGACAGUGUCGGGGAUGACAAGGAUCCAAAUAAAAAAAUGAAGCGUAAUCUGAGGAAAAUACUAGAUAGUAAAGCAAUAGAUCUCAUGAAUGCUCUGAUGAGGCUGAACCAAAUCAGGCCAGGGCUUCAGUAUAAGCUGCUGUCACAGUCUGGUCCAGUCCAUGCCCCAGUCUUCACAAUGUCUGUAGAUGUUGAUGGUACGACUUAUGAAGCAUCAGGACCUUCUAAGAAAACAGCCAAGCUCCAUGUGGCAGUGAAGGUUUUACAAGCAAUGGGAUAUCCCACUGGUUUUGAUGCAGACGUGGAGUGUGUGAGUUCUGAUGAAAAAUCAGAUACUGAAGGUAAAAAUGAAACUACGUCUUCAAUCUCAAGCAAUAAUACUGGAAAUUCCACAGCGGACACCUCUGCUACCCUAGAGGUAAGAACUCAGGGUCCCAUACUCACAGCAAGUGGCAAAAACCCGGUGAUGGAGCUCAAUGAAAAGAGAAGAGGGCUCAAGUACGAGCUCAUCUCUGAGACCGGUGGGAGCCACGACAAGCGUUUUGUGAUGGAGGUAGAAGUAGAUGGGCAGAAGUUCAGAGGUGCAGGCCCAAACAAGAAGGUAGCAAAAGCAAGUGCUGCAUUAGCAGCACUUGAAAAACUGUUUUCUGGGCCUAAUGCAGCAAACAACAAGAAGAAAAAGAUUCUUCCUCAGACUAAAGGGGUUGUCAAUACAGCUGUUUCUGCAGCAGUCCAGGCUGUUCGAGGCAGAGGACGAGGUGCUUUAACACGAGGGGCAUUUGUUGGGGCAGCUGCUGCUACUGGAUACAUAACACCAGGCUAUGGAGCACCCUACGGGUACAGCACCGCGGCACCGGCCUACGCCAUAUGCACUUGUAUAAAAUAAGCAGAAAUGUAGUGACUGUAAGCUGAGAUCCUGAUAUAAAAGCUAAAGGGGAGUUAAUCAUAGCACUCAUCUGUUUCGAAGGGAGUAGAGCAGAAGGUAAGUUUUAACUUCAUACUUCGAAGCUGCUAUGAAUAGAUUACCAGUGUUCCAUGGAAACAACCCGAUACACUUCUUUAUUCUCUUUGUGCUCCAUUUCUGUGUUCUUGGAAAAGCACAAGCUUGUGUAAGCAUAAUCAAUAAAGUUACUCAGGGUACUGCAUCAUCCCAGCAGUGGACACUAACCACAUCUUAAGUCAACAGGCACAUAUAAAUCAAGCUUAAUUAAGAGGAACAGGACAUCUUGGCGAGUUUUGUUUUACUGCUGGCACUGCUACAAUUUACUGAUCUAUGCAUACCGAAAUGUGUGUAUUGCUGCACUCCCAACAGAACUGAGGGAGUUCUGUAAGGGCGUCCUGUAAACUCACAGAGUCAGUGUAGGAGAGGCAGUAUUUAUUCUUCUUUCAGUAUUUCCACAAAGAACUGUUUCUGAGCAGAUGGAAAGUGAUACUGCUCAAAGGAGAAUAAUGGUGGGCUGGAGAACAGCAUUCAGAGCAGUACAGCUUUUGAAGAGCUAGUGAUCAUAUGAAUUUAAUUAUGAAAAUUCUGAUUUGCUGUACAGAUUAUUUCCUGUGUUUUCAAAUUCAUAUCACUGCUUCCCUGCUCAAAAAUAACAGGAUAAAGACAAGUGUAGUUUUCUAAUAACGUCUAUUGCAUGGAAAUCCACAUCCACUGGAGGAAAAGGGAGGCUGUACUGCAGAGAGCAUAUUCAACUACAGAGCCAUUCUCUGGGCAAUGCUGCAUAAUUUAGGAGUGGGUAAACAUGCCUUCAGGGACAACAUGACACAGAGCAGAUGGUUAAGACAAAAAAAAAAAAAUAAUCACAGAAAAAAGCCUCAAAGCUUUGUCCAGUCAUACAUUCAGUAUCCCUGCCGAAGGGACAGGUCCAUCCAUACGCGCUUAGUGAGUUAUGUGUCAGGCAUCACAAAGGUCCUUAAGGACAAACCUUCUGGAGCCAGUCUCCUUUUGGACAGAAAAGGGAGGAAGUUGACUCUGUCUUCCAGUUCCAAGGUGCAGUGUCUUAUUUCUAAUCCUAACCCUAAGUCGAUAUUUAUGGAUCCAACUGACUAAGCUUUUCAGGCCGACCAGCUCUCUACGAAGCAAUUCUGUUCUCUUGAGCCUCUGCAGGGGCCAGUAACUGGUGCUUAACUAACUACUGCUUCCAGUGCGGAUUGUCACCGUCCUGCAGCUGCCCCAGUCCAGGCUGGGACACUUGCACUUCUCAGAGAGCAACACUGCUGGGCUGGGGGCUCUCCAGAGCACUGAAGUAGUACAGCAGAGCAAGUCCCAGUGGGCUGUGGAUGCUUUUUAAAGUCCUGUCUAGCUCUUAGUGACAAAGCUGAGCAUGAAACCUGCACUGCCAAACGUACCAGCCCCUUGCUGAGGAAGACACCCAUGGCAAGCCGGCUUGGAAGUGGAGAUUUUGAGGAAAGGCUGCUGUUUUCCAAAUCCAAUCACAGGCGCUUUUUUUUUCAUCCACCAAAAAUCACCAAUCAAAUCAAUUAAAAUUGCUGUUAAUUUGGGUUAAAAUAUCAUCACCUGUGUAGAACCCAAACCACCACCAUCCAUCUAAAUAAUUCCUAAGCAAAGACUCCUCAGGAGGCAGAGCCCUUCUGAGAGGAAAUCAGGCAGUGCAGUAUGAUGUGACUUCUCUGAUGACAAUGACUUCUCCAAGACAAGGAAAAGGCAGAGGCAGUGCUUUGGGGCAGUGUUUCAUGCUCAGCAAGUUUGUAGAGAGGGAAUGCAAUUCUAUAAAUCACUUGUACUGUAUUUCUGUUUCUAGACUUGAAUGAAUUUCACUUUUCCUUUGUGGGUCAGCAUAUUAAACGUUAAAGAAAAGCUCUAUUUUUCUAAAUCUCUUUCACCAAUAAAGGUCUGACCUGCAGCCAACAGAUGGAUUUAUUUAUCCAUAGAGGAUGGAGUGUUUAUUUUUACACUAAGAUUGGAUAUGGAUUGAAUACAAAGAAGUAUGACCUUUAAACUAUCAAAACCUUAAGUACUAUGAAUGAAUUCCACAAAUGAGUAAUAUGGUAGACAAUUCAAUCUUUCUUCCCAAUAAAUCUCUCUCAGGAGAUGUUACCCAGAAUUAAACUUCCAAAUGAAGUACAAGAGAUCCUUGUGCUCUAAUUACAGACUACUUUGAAAAUCCUUCAGUUUUCUCCCAAUUUAUAAUCAGUAAAGAACAAUGAUGACUGAACUAUUCCUGACCAUACUCUAAAUAAAGAAAUUUCAAAUAAAGUAAUUUGGCAACAACCGUAGCUAUUUAUAGCAUUGAAAACGUAAUCUGAACAUUCAGAUUUUCUUAAUUUGGAAGCAGUUGAGUGGGAAGAAAAAUAACUGCACACUGAAUUUUCAAUUGAGCUGUCUCUACUCACUAGCCAAAAAAGCCUGCAAAUGUCAAGGGAACGCUCUCUGUACAUUCAGUCGCUUCCUCCCGUGCUGCUGUACCGGCCACUCGGCUUCAUUUGGCUUCUGUGCUGUGGUUUGUGCCACACUGUUCUGUACACAACAGAUCUGCACUGUAACCGCGGGUCAUCUGCCACUGAUUGUAACCCAGUGCUACAGACUUCUCUGUAUAUAAACCCACAACCAUGUCCCAUUGCUUCCAAUAGCUAUUCCAAUAAAGGCUUCUCUCUGGAAACAGGAA